AUGUCUAAUCCUCAAGAAACGAACCGCCUUUCUUCAAAGAAUUCAACAAUGGAGGAGCCAAUCCCUUCCAACAUUAAUCCUUACAAGCAAACACCGCCACCACCAUCACAACCCCACAUUUCAAAUUCAAUGUCGUCAGCACCUUCUUCUUCGUCAGUACCGUCUAUCAAUGCUUCACCGUCAUCACCAACGACUCUUGCUGCAGCUACUUCAUCGGUUCUUGGUAGUGGUGAUCUUCAAUUGUCCCAGAAACACAAUGACCUUCUCUUGGCUAUCAAGGAAUUCUUUGAUGCAGACCCUGAGAACCUUUCAGAGAAUUUCAAGGCAUCACCCUCUACCAAUAUAUCAUUACAACCCCCAAGAACUGUUACUACUACAUCAGUUCCUGCUGUACACUUUGAUCCCACUGAUGAAGAGCUGAUGGUGAAUUACUUAAAGAAGAGAAUAGACAAAAAAAAUUUGCCUACGAAUAAGUUUGAGGAGGUUGAUUUAUACGAAAAAAGUCCUGAAAUUCUUGCAGCGGACUAUAAGGAUUCUGCAUAUACAAAGUUCUCAGGUGGAAAUAACGAAUGGUACUUUUUCACUAAAGUGAAUAAAAGGCCUGGAAAUAAAGUAAACCGAUUGGUCAGUGGUGGUGAUGGGUACUGGCAGCAUGGUUCAUAUAGGAAGGACAUUAGAGACGGGAUUCAUGUCAUUGGAUAUAGGAGGACUUUCACCUUCUACGCUAAAAAGAAAGGAUGUACUGAGGAGAAAACCAACUGGAGAAUGCACGAGUUUAGUUUGAAAGAUGAAGAUAGUACUGUUUUAUGCAGGGUUUUCGAAAAGAAAGAAAAUAAACCCAAGAAUGUGAGACGUCAGCAAAGAGGAGGAGAACAGAAUGAUGAUGCUCCCAAUGAUCAAGCUUCAACAGAUGGUGGUCGCAAUGGUACAGAUGAUCCUUCAGAGAGCCCAAAAAGCAUUUGA